AUGGCGGCGGUGACCUUGUCCGUGCCCCGGCGGAAGGCGGCCCCCAGGCCCGGCCCAGUGCCCGAGGCCGCCCAGUCGUACCUGUUCGCCCCCAGUGGGUCGGGCGUGGGUGGCUCACCGGGGGGCGCCGGCACCUCGCCGCAGGUGGAGUGGACGGCGCGGCGCCUGGUGUGGGUGCCCUCCGAGCUGCACGGGUUCGAGGCGGCGGCGCUGCGGAACGAGGGCGAGGAGGAGGCCGAGGUGGAGCUGGCGGAGAGCGGGCGCAGGCUGCGGCUGCCGCGGGACCAGAUCCAGCGCAUGAACCCGCCCAAGUUCAGCAAGGCCGAGGACAUGGCCGAGCUCACCUGCCUCAACGAGGCCUCCGUGCUGCACAAUCUCCGCGAGCGGUACUACUCGGGCCUCAUCUACGCUAACCCCCCUGGGCUCCUGGCCCUGCUGGACGAGGAGUGCUGGUUCCCAAAGGCCACGGACAAGUCCUUUGUAGAGAAGGUGGCCCAGGAACAAGGAGGCCACCCCAAGUUCCAGCGGCCAAGGAACCUGCGGGACCAGGCUGACUUCAGUGUCCUGCACUAUGCAGGCAAGGUCGACUACAAGGCCAAUGAGUGGCUGAUGAAAAACAUGGACCCUCUGAAUGACAGUGUCGCAGCCCUGCUUCACCUGAGCACAGACAAGCUAACGGCAGAGAUCUGGAAAGACGAACAUGGGGGUUUCCAGCAAUUCUCUUUCCUUGGCUCCUUCCCACCGUCGCCCCCAGGAUCUUCAGGGAGGCGAGGCUCUGCUAUUUCUCCGUCAGGGGUGGAGGGCAUCGUGGGGCUGGAGCAGGUGAGCAGCCUUGGGGAUGGCCCACCGGGUGGCCGCCCCCGCCGGGGCAUGUUCCGAACGGUGGGACAGCUCUACAAGGAGUCCCUGAGCCGCCUCAUGGCCACACUCAGCAACACCAACCCCAGCUUCGUCCGCUGUAUCGUUCCCAACCAUGAGAAGAGGGCCGGCAAGCUGGAGCCUCGGCUGGUGCUGGACCAGCUGCGCUGCAACGGCGUCCUGGAGGGCAUCCGCAUCUGUCGCCAGGGCUUCCCCAACCGCAUCCUCUUCCAGGAGUUCCGGCAGCGAUAUGAGAUCCUGACGCCCAGUGCCAUCCCCAAGGGCUUUAUGGAUGGGAAACAGGCCUGCGAGAAGAUGAUCAAGGCCCUAGAACUGGACCCCAACCUCUACCGUGUGGGACAGAGCAAGAUCUUCUUCCGGGCAGGGGUCCUGGCCCAGCUGGAAGAGGAGCGGGACCUGAAGGUCACAGACAUCAUCGUGUCCUUCCAGGCAGCUGCCCGGGGGUACUUAGCUCGCAGAGCCUUCCAGAAGCGACAGCAGCAGCAGAGUGCCCUGAGGGUGAUGCAGAGGAACUGUGCCGCUUACCUCAAGCUGAGACACUGGCAGUGGUGGCGACUCUUCAUCAAGGUGAAGCCGCUGCUGCAGGUGACGCGGCAGGAUGAGGUGCUGCAGGCGCGGGUGCAGGAGCUACAGAAAGUGCAGGAGCUGCAGCAGCAGAGUGCCCGCGAGGUGGACGAGCUCCAGGGCCGCCUGGCACAGGUAAGGGGCGGGGCCACGCAUGUAGAGGGAGCCUGGGCCUCCCGCCCCCUGAGCCUGCCCCUCCCGGCCUCCCUGCAGCUGAGGGAUGCGGAGGUGGAGCGGGACGAGGAACGCAAGCAGCGCGCCCUGGCCGUGGCCGCCCGCCAGAAGCUGGAGGCGGAGCUGGAGGACUUGAGAGGCCAGAAGUCGGCCGCCGCGCAGGGCAAGGAGGAGGCGGUGAAGCAGCUCCGCAAGAUGCAGGCCCAGAUGAAGGAGCUGUGGCGGGAGGUGGAAGAGUCGCGCAGCUCCCGGGAGGAAAUCUUUACCCAGAACCGGGAGAAUGAGAAGCGCCUCAAGGCGCUGGAGGCGGAAGUGCUGCGACUGCAGGAGGAACUGGCCGCCUCUGAUCGUGCCCGGCGGCAAAUCCAGCAGGAGCGGGACGAGAUGGCAGACGAGUUGGCCAAUGGCAGCCUUAGCAAGGCAGCCAUUCUGGAGGAGAAGCGGCAGCUGGAGGGACGCCUGGGGCAAAUGGAAGAGGAGCUGGAGGAGGAGCAGAGCAACUCAGAGCUACUCAAUGAUCGCUACCGCAAGUUGCUCCUGCAGGUGGAAUCACUGACUACAGAGCUGUCAGCUGAGCGAAGUUUCUCGGCCAAGGCAGAGAGUGGGCGACAGCAGCUUGAGCGGCAGAUACAGGAGCUCCGGGGGCGCCUAGGUGAGGAGGACGCUGGGGCCCGGGCCCGCCAGAAGAUGAUCAUCGCCGCCCUUGAGUCUAAGCUGGCCCAGGCUGAGGAGCAGCUGGAGCAGGAGAGCAGGGAGCGCAUCCUCUCUGGCAAGCUGGUGCGCAGAGCUGAGAAGCGCCUUAAGGAGGUGGUGCUCCAGGUGGAGGAGGAGCGGAGGGUGGCUGACCAGCUCCGGGACCAGCUGGAGAAGGGCAACCUUCGGGUGAAGCAGCUGAAGCGGCAGCUGGAAGAAGCUGAGGAGGAGGCGUCUCGGGCUCAGUCAGUCCGCCGGAGGCUGCAGCACGAGCUGGAAGAUGUCACAGAAGCCUCAGAGUCCAUGAACCGCGAGUUGAACACGCUGAGGAACCGGCUCCGACGCGGCCCCCUCACCUUCACCACCCGCACCGUGCGCCAGGUCUUCCGACUGGAGGAGGGCGUGGUCUCGGAAGAGGAGGCCGAGGAGGCGGAGCCUGGGGCUGGGCCGCCACCCCAGGAGCCUGAUGGGCCGCCGGUGUCCCAGCCCCAGUGACCCCAUCCUGUCUCCAGCCAUGGCCCCUCCCUCCCUGGCCCCUCGAUGCUCCAGUCCCAGGAACCCUCCCUCCGGCUUCUUGCACUUUGGAAAUGGUGCCACCCUCUGGCACUGCAGCACUUACCAACCCCAUGGUGGGGGGGCGGGGGCGCUGAGGAGCAGACGAGCAGGGAGACGAGGACUGGGGCUCUCGCUGGGAAGGAGAUCGAGGUGUAGUUGGCAAGCUGUGGUCCCGAAGGGCUCCCCUCUAUCCUGAAUUGUUAAUGAUCUUUAUUAGCAAGGGAGCAUGGCUCCCCUGCCCUGCGAAGCUAGGGUUCCCUUCCCCCGCUCCCUCUCUUCCUCUCUCCACUUAGCCCCUGACCCCUGAACUUCUGAUCGACAACAGCCUGAGCCCCAGGUCUCCACCAGCCUUUGACCCUUGCAGAGGGGCGGGAUAAGGGGACCCCUCUCUCCCCACCUCCCCCUCCCUCCCCCUGCUCUGCCCUCCUUUCUGGUUGCUCUUGUGUGAUCACAAUUCGGUUGGAUUUUCCUGCGGGGGCUGGAGGAGGCCCCAUAUCCUCCCAGCGUCCAGGCUCUCGCAGAAAUAAACUCCAACCCCAACUGGA